GUGCGAUUCAACAAAGAUCACGGACUUAUAUGGCAGAUUCGCCUGAAGUGACAGGGACUCCAUGUCGCUUUGUCUGCCCGGGGAUGAAAUCCCCCUCAAUGGACUUCAGCCAGGCAUUGGAGUCGCCCUGGAUUCAGACAGCGGCCGUGCUUUUGCCACGACUGCUGGCGUGCUCAGGUCAGAUGAUGAAGUUCGUGUGGAAAACUUGAGAAAAAGAUAUGUCCCACGAAAGGGUGACUGCGUCGUGGGCAUCGUCAUGGGACGAACUGCCGAUUUCUACAAGGUAGAGAUACGGGCACCAUCCCCGGCAUUUCUUCCAACUCUCUCGUGGAAUGGUGCCACCAAGAGAAACAGGCCUGUUCUUGAGAUUGGAACUUUGGUAUAUGCACGAAUAGAGGCUGCACAUCCUGAUUUGGAUACGGAGCUCACCUGCAUUGACCCCGACACCAAGAAGUCAUGGAGUACUGGAGAGGUUCUUUUGGGAGAACUCAAAGGUGGCUUGAGCUUCGAGGUGGCCCUCAGCGCAGCGCAGCGGCUCCUAGAUGUGGACUGCUUCAUUCUGGAUCGGCUCGGAAAGGACUUUGCCUACGAGCUUUGCGUGGGUCAGAAUGGUCGAGUUUGGCUUUCAGCUCCCACUGCUCGGGAGACUGUGCUUCUUCUGCAGGCGAUCAAGAGAAGCUUUGGGAUGACCAAUGUUCAAAUCGAAGCAAUGGUGGGCAAGAUGGUGGAGGUGUUCUCCUGAUUGCUGAUCCCAACAGAAACAACUGACAUCAAAGUAUGUAGACUCUGCUGGCCAGAUACUCCUGCAGAAGAAAGGAAAAU